UGCUCUUGUAGCCCUACAGGAUCCCAUGUUGAAUGGUGUAAGCAACUCAUCGCUGCUACAAUUUCUAGCCAGAUUUCAGGGUCUGUGCUCUCAGACAACGUAUCCAGAGAAUAUCGGGAGACUCAGGAUGGACACAAUGGCUAUCCUUCUGACGCAGAAGUUGAUCAGGCACUGAGGGAUGGGAACAAACUUGCCCAGAUGGAAGAAGCUCCCCUCUUUCCUGGAGAAUCCAUCAAAGCUAUCGCUAAAGAUGUGGUAUAUAUCUGUCCAUUUAGCGGAGCCAUCAGUGGCACAUUGACAGUGACGGAUUACAAAAUAUAUUUCAAGAAUGUUGAAAGGGAUCCACAUUUUGUCCUUGAUGUUCCCCUUGGAGUGAUAAAUAGAGUUGAAAAGAUUGGAGUGCAGAGCCAUGGAGACAAUUCUUGUGGUAUAGAGAUUGUUUGCAAGGAUAUGAGAAACUUGCGGCUUGCUUAUAAACAGGAAGAGCAUAGACUGGAGAUUUUUCAGAACCUUAUUACCCGAGCAUUUCCUCUUUCUCAUGAGCUGCCAUUCUUUGCAUUCAGUUACAAAGAGAAAUUCCCUACAAAUGGUUGGAAGGUUUAUGAUCCAGUGGCAGAAUGUAAAAGGCAGGGUUUACCGAAUGAGAGUUGGAAAAUAUCCAAAAUUAACAGCACAUAUGAAUUUUGUGAUACGUAUCCUUCCGUUCUUGUUGUGCCAACUAGCGUAAAAGAUGAAGAUCUCUCCCGAGUGGCUGCGUUUAGAGCAAAAGGCAGAGUUCCAGUGUUAUCCUGGAUUCACCCUGAGAGCCAGGCCACCAUCACCCGUUGCAGCCAACCUCUCAUAGGCCCGAGUGACAAGCAGUGCAAAGAAGAUGAGAAAUACUUACAAACCAUCAUGGAUGCCAAUGCUCAAUCUCACAAGCUUUUCAUCUUUGACGCAAGACAAAACAGUGUUGCAGAUACCAAUAAGGCCAAAGGCGGUGGGUAUGAAAGUGAAAGUGCCUAUCCCAACGUGGAGUUGAUCUUCUUGGAAAUCCCGAAUAUACAUGUGAUGAGAGAAUCUCUGCGUAAACUGAAAGAAAUUGUUUACCCCACCAUCGAUGAGUCUCGAUGGCUGUCCAAUGUGGAGAGUACGCACUGGCUGGAAUAUAUACGGAUGCUUCUUGCUGGAGCUGUGAGAAUUGCUGACAAAAUUGAGUCAGGCAAAACCUCAGUGGUGGUACACUGCAGCGACGGUUGGGACCGUACAGCUCAGUUGACUUCCUUGGCAAUGCUAAUGUUGGACAGCUAUUACCGUACCAUCAAAGGCUUUGAGGUCCUCUUAGAGAAGGAAUGGAUGAGUUUUGGACAUCGCUUUGCAAUGCGAGUCGGCCAUGGAGAUGAUGAUCAUGCAGAUGCUGAUAGGUCCCCUAUCUUCCUGCAGUUCAUAGAUUGUGUCUGGCAAAUGACAAAGCAGUUUCCAGCAGCAUUUGAAUUCAACGAGCUGUUUUUGAUCAGCAUUUUGGAUCAUCUUUAUAGCUGUCUCUUUGGUACCUUUUUAUGCAACUCAGAACAUCAGCGAGUAAAAGAGGAAAUAAGUACCAAGACCGUCUCUUUGUGGUCCUACAUUAAUAGCCAGGUUGAGGAAUUCAGUAACCCUUUUUACGUCAACUACAAAAACCACGUUCUGUAUCCUGUAGCCAGUCUAAGUCAUUUGGAAUUGUGGGUAAACUACUAUGUACGUUGGAACCCCCGAAUGAGACCUCAGAUGCCCGUUCAUCAGAAUCUGAAAGAACUCCUUGCCAUCCGAGGAGAACUGCAGAAGAGGGUGGAAGAGCUUCAGCGGGAAGCAGCCACACGCUCCAUCUCGUCUUCAUCCGAGCGAGGGUCUUCUCCUGCAGUCACCCCAGUCCACACUUCAGUCUGACCUGCCAGCAAGGCCACGAGGUUGACUACAGACGUGUAUCUGCUGCCAGAAACACCCCCCCCCGGUGUUAUUGGGGGGAGGGGGGCAUCACCUUUCCUUGGGGUCUGUUACAGUAAGGCCAAAACUAUUUUCUUGCAGUAUCAAGCGGUAGAGUGGUGGUUGCUAGUAUCUUUCUUAAUAUUUUUUGAUGUUGAUAAUUGAGUUUAUAGCCAAACCCUUACUUUUUGCAACUUGCAGCAAAACGAGGGAUCUCUUUGUUGGGCAAGCAAUGUGGCAAACGUAUUGCAGUGUCAUCUCCCAGCGAGACAUCAUAUCAAGUGGGCUUGAUUUCUAAAAAGGGAAAUCUAUCUGGUUUCCUUGGUACUAAAUACAUGGGAUUUCCCCCCCUUUUUUCCUUAGAAGAGGGGGAAGAAAGCCCCAGCAAGCAUUGUAUUUCUGGGAACAGUUGUAGAUGACCUGAUGCACUUUGAAAUGGAUUUUUUAUUACUAUAGCAGUUGUAUAUUUUGAAUGAAGAUGCUAAAAAGCAAUGAGCAGGAUUUGUUACUUCUGAGACACACCUGCUGGUUGUAAAAGUAAUCUUUGAAUCCGUGGAUUGUUGAAUACUAUUUUUUGCACGUUUUCUGUAGUUACUGCUCACUUUUGUCCAAAUGAAACAGAAAUAUGGAACUGACUCAGUUAUUUCAUUGUUUUCCAGAGUAUUUUUUAGUUUUGAAUGGUCUUUACACCUUCCCUAGGCAUCUAAAUAGGUGAAUCGCAGGUGGACAUACUUUGUUAAUAAUCUAUGUACCCAAGAGCUCGCUCUCUCUCUCUCGUGACUGCAAAGGAGUCUGUGCAAAGCCAAACUAUCUUCAAUGUGAACAGAAGCUAUUUCAAAUGGUUAGAAAAGAUAGCAAAAUUGUAACAAAGGAGCUAAAUAAAAAGUUCUUACACAA